UCAUGGCUAUGUUGGUCUAUGGUUAUGAUUAGUGUUCGGAAUAGGCUGCGUAAACGUACCUAUUCAGAUUAUUCUCCUGAGGUCCUUUUCGUUGGUCCACUAUUUACGGGACAACCGUGUAAGGAUGCGGGAAUAACAUUAUACAGAGUGACCCGUAAAUAGUAGACUAACGGAAAGGGGGAUUCUUACCCCUACACUUUGUAGGGUCGUUUUGCGGAGAAUCCCUUUUCUGAUCUUUUGGAUUAUGGAGUUUUGAAACGGAUUGAGCCUGAAGCACUAAAAAGCCCCUUAUAAAAUAUAAUCCCAGAAUAAAAUAAUAUUUUUUUAAUUAACAUUUUUUGUAGUCGAAUCCGGCUGACGACAGUACCUUCCUACUUAUUUAUAAAUUUUGCAACGUAGUACAAGGAUUUGACAAUGUCACAAACAGCUGAUUUUUGUUUUGCAUUAUUUUGCCAUGCAAUUUAAAAUUGAAAUAAACUUUAAUUCAUAAUUCAAUUCUAUUAGAUAUUUUAAUAUAACUAAGUAUGGAUUUCAGUUCGUUUAAUCCGCGCUCCUCGAACACGUUGAAUCUAGCAGCGCGUUACAACGACGUCGAGAACGUAAAGCGUUUAUUGAAGAAGACCAAUCCGAACUGUGUAGACAACCGAGGCUGGACGUGCCUGCACGAGGCGGCCGCCCACCAGAGCUACGAGAGCCUGCAGCUAAUCCUCGCUCACCCCGACUGCCGCCCGCUGGCUGAGACCUUCGAGGGCCACACUGCCCUCUACCUGGCUAUCCUCAAACACUACGACACGAGAACCGCUAAAGCGUUACUAGAAAACGUUGAAGAUAUAGCAAACUAUGCCAGUACUGAAAUGGUUUCUCCCUUACACGUCGCCAGCGCGCAGGGUUCAACAGAGUUUGUGCAGCUACUCUUGGAUUAUGGAGCAAUCAUUGAUGUGCAGGACUUUGAUGGUGACACUCCGCUGCAUGAUGCUGCGUUUCAGAUGAAGCACGAGGUGGUGGCUCAGCUGCUGCACGCGGGCGCCCAGGCUGAGCUCUGGAAUGAGGCUCUGUACACACCGCUGCAUCUCGCCUGCUUUAAAGGUUGCAUGGAGACUGUGCUAGCCCUGAGACCUUUUAUAAAUGAUGUCAACAUAUGCACAGGGAAUGGGGAGACUCCUCUGAUGCUGGCCACACAGAACAAUGCUCUUGAGGUGGUCAAGUAUCUUCUGGACAACAAAGCUGAUCCACACAUUAAGAAUGAGGAUGGGGAUAUAGCAUUGAAAGUGGCUUUAAUGCAUGGAUCUGCAGAUAUAUUCAAAAUAUUACUUCCAGUGACUGACAGAGAUAAAAUUAACAAAGAUAUCAUUUUAUUAGCAUGUAAGCCACACUAUUUUAAUAUGGAUAUAGUUCUUUGCUUGCUAGAGUCAGAUUUGGGUCCAGAGUUUUUUAAUAUUACAGAAGAUUUUCAUGUGACACUAGAGAAAAUUGGUGGAAUACAACCAAGUUAUAGUAAAAAUGCCCCUCUCAACUCAUUCCUCCACAUCAGUGAGUACAUUUGCAAUCACUCGCUGGACUUGUUUGAGAAGAUGUUUUUCUUGUUUCUGAUGAGAGGUGUAGCGGUAGACGCACUGUACAUAGAUGAGUGUCCGCCAUUAGUUUACAUUCAUUACUGUGAACAUUCCAAGUAUUUUGAGGAAAUAAUCAGAUCAUACUGUGGCCUAUAUUCGGUUCAAAGACCGACAAAGUUGACGUGAGGCAGUCAGGGUGGCGUCUAACAUCAAACCAAGAUCAACUGGCCCUAGACCCGGUAUACUGGGUAAAGAGAGUGAUCAGCCUGUCAGCAACACGACGAUAUCUGUGCAAGGUCAAUAAUUUAUUUAUAACUGCGUGCGGCACUCCGAAGGCGGCGUCCCGCGCCGUGCUGGCCGGCUGGGUGCGCGGCGUGCUGGCGGACACCGGCAUCCGCGCCAGCGCGGGCAGCGUGCGCCCCGCGGUCGCCUCCAAGCACUGGGCUCUCAACUACCCCCUCGACGACAUCCUGGCCCGAGGGAACUGGCGCUCACAAAACACCUUUUUAAAUUAUUAUUGUCGGGAGAUACGCUCAUCUCCUUCCCAAACUAACGUGGUGUCGGCUAUGUUCUCACCCAUAGCAAACUGAUUAUAUGUAUAAAUACUAUACCUAAUACGUGAUUAAUCAUGAAAUUACUGAUACAUACGAUGAUUAUAUUAUAUGAGUUGUAUUAUAAGUACAUAAGUAUUUAUCAAUCACUUUCAUUAAAAUUCAUUUUAAGUAAGCUUGAGCAUUCUCAUCUAACCUGAUUGAAUGUAUAACAUUAGACUCAAUUAUAAUGAUUACUAUAAUAAUAUAAAAUAUAAUUUACUUUUCUGCAAGACCUGAUUAAGUGAUCACAGGCACAGCCUAAACUAAUUUAUGGAUAAAAUAAAGACCUGAAAGAAAGUUAGCGUACUCUUUAUUUUUAUUUCAACAUUUAUCCAAAUCUUUAUAAGUACAUAUACUUACGCUAUCACAUUGGCGUUACAUUACAUUCAUAUACCUACCUUAUAAUAUUUAGUAGGUUACUACCAACAUAGGUAAACACCUUCAUUCCACCAGGCGAUAACAAACAGGUCUCACUUUUAGGCUUCGAAUGACGGUACAGUGAGUUAAUAUCAGCGUUUUACCUACCAAUAAAACGCUUAUUAACUACUUACCUCAUUCGAAGCCUAACUUUUAAUUCUGCCUGGUAAAAGUUCGAACGCAAUGAUUUAAAAUUCUACGGUCGCCAUAUUGUCAACUCACGCCACCUGGUGGAAGGAAUGUGAACUAGAGGGCGGGGGAUUACUCCGGAAACUGACGUAACGUAUCCGCCACAGCUAGAAAAAUAGACACGCUAUUCUCACUUUUAGGCUUCGAAUGAGGUAAGUAGUUAAUAAGCGUUUUAUUGGUAGGUAAAACGCUGAUAUUUAUGUACUCAGGUAAGUAUUUUUAUUAGGUAGGUAGAGGUAGUUAACGUAGUCUAUAGUUUUUUUUUAUAGUCAUGCACAGUCAUAAAAAAUUAAGAAUGAGAUUUUCUACAAGAUAUUUUUAAGGUUAAUAGGUACCGAUCGAUAAUCUCUUGAACAAUAUUAAGUUAACUACGUGAAAAAUUACCUUCUCCGGCGAAAACAACAAAAAAUUCAACCUAAACCUUAUCCAAAGUUAGAAGAACUUUUAAAUAAAACACAAGAACUUUUAAAUAAAACACCGAUUCUUAAAUUUAGAACUGUCAAACACUGCGUAUAAAUUUAAUGUAAGUACUAAAAAUUCUAUUCUAUUCUAUAUUCUACUAGCAUUAUUACAUAAAAUACUUACUAGGCUUAAAAUGUAGGGUUUUCUGACAAAAAGCUUGAUUACUUAAAUUUAAAAACCAUGUUUUUUGGGAAUACUAAACACGACUGUUGUUUUUUUUGUGUAAAGCACAGACUUUUAAAAGCGCUAAAAAUAUUUUGUGUCUUCAGAAUCGUUAAACCGCUUACAUUUAGCAUUUACCUACAUAAUUAUUAUACAUUGCGUGAUCGACCACGAGACAAGACGAGCAAUAAAACCCAGUCUUGACCCGAAAUAUUGAUUUGAUUUGGAAUGGAGGCUUUGAGACAGCAACUUGCAACUUCAAGUUAUUAUUCGGAGGUUCCUUCCUUUAUUUUCAUUACUGCUUGACAUUGACAGUAUUUUUUUUAAAUCAUGACGACCUUGACUCUGUAUUUUACAGCCAAGUCAAAUCUUAUAAAUCCGAGCCUUUUCGCUUUCAGAGCGCUUAAACAUAAAGUAUAUUUUGUUAUGUGAAAAUAAAGUUUUUAUCUCAAACAAAACAACAAUAAUAACUGUCAUCGCCAGGAGGUAGAAAGGAAAGAGUCAAAAAAGAUAAGCGAUGGGGCGGGGCGGGGCUGGGUUGCGCGUGCGCCGCCGCUUUCUUGUAGCCGGCAGACGGGCACAGUCGCCCGGAUUUAUCUUUAUUUCAUUUUAUUCUGUGUCUAGUCGAGCUACAUAGCAUACGUAUCAGUGGAUUUCAAAUAAAUGGCCAAAUACUAAACUAAAAUAAUUGUUUUAAAAAAACUUAUUACAAACAACUGAAC